AUGGGCAAAGAGCCCACUGCCCGGGGCAGGGGCAACUCCUGUGGCCCAGCCAGCACUUUCCGAAAGAUCUCCAAGCCACUGACGGAGAAGAAGCGCCGAACCCGCAUCAACGGGUCACUGGAGCAGCUGAAGUCACUGCUGGAGAAGCACUACCCGCAUCAGAUCCGGAAACGCAAGUUGGAAAAGGCAGACAUCCUGGAGUUGAGCGUGAAGUACAUGAAAAGCCUUCAGAACUUGGUGCAAGGGCCCCGGCUGGUGCCCAGCGGGGCCGAGUACCCGUCCGGCUUCCGCGGCUGCCUGCCGGGCCGGAGCCAGCUCCCACGACGUGGCGAGGGCGGCAGCGGCGGCCUCUGCUGCCCCCUGGUGCCCUGGCGCGCGGGCGGCAGCACCAUGGACAGCGCCCGCCCGGUCCCCGCGGCGCCCUCUGCCGGCGGCGCCUCCGGUCCAGCCGUCCCAGCGAUCUGGGCUCCUGCGGCGUCCACCGGCGGUUCCUGGCCCCCGCCACCCCGGCUCCUCCUCCAGGCAGGUCUCCCUGACUCCGGCACCAGCGCCCCAGCGCCGCCGCCAGCGCCCCGCGGCCGAGCGGAGAGUCCGGGGCGGGGGCUGCGCCUCUGGCGGCCCUGGUGA